AUUCUAUAAAUUGUGUUUAAACAGGGUUGUUUCCAGCAUGGCGGAUGGAGAGGGUUUUGUGGUGAGAGUCAGAGGAUUACCCUGGUCCUGUUCUGUUGAUGAAGUUCAGAGGUUUUUUUCAGAGUGCAAAAUUGCAAACAAUGGGACAAGCAUACAUUUCACAUACACACGGGAAGGGCGACCAAGUGGAGAGGCGUUUGUCGAGUUCGAAUCAGAAGAGGACCUUAAAAUUGCAGUGAAGAAAGAUCAUGAAACCAUGGGCCACCGUUAUGUAGAAGUAUUCAAAUCCAAUAGUGUUGAGAUGGACUGGGUUCUGAAGCACACCGGACCGAACUGCCUGGACACAGGAGGGGACGGCCUGGUUAGGCUUCGCGGUCUGCCAUUUGGAUGCAGCAAAGAGGAAAUUGUCCAGUUUUUUGCAGGUAUGUCCGAUAGGAAGUUCGAAUUGCCCUAUUUACUCAAAAUUAAACAGUAUACCAACAUUUUGCUAAGGUUAUUUUAGUUCAUCGGACCAUCAUUUGCACAUAAACGAGCCUUGAACAUUUAAAUCAAAGUGCUCCGUUUCAGUCAUUUAAUCUUUAAAAUUAGGAAUAGUUGAAAUUUGUAUUGAAUCUUAAGGAUUGGACCAUCCAGAAGGACCAAGA